AUGAAAUUUGCCUUUGCUCCCCCGACAUUAUUUUUCGGGCGUCAGCUUUUUGGACGGUUGGGAUAUCCAAUUCUAUCAAAACCCCAAAAUCGCACCCUGGUAGAAGCAAAACUAACCGCCCGCGAAAGACGUCGUUCCUUGGGACAAUCAAGAAAGCGUGCUCACCUGGACGUGAAAAAGAACUAUGAUACCCGUCAUGAUCACUUGGUGAGUGCUGUUGUGACAAUUCCUAGAUAUGUUAGGGAUCGAUGCUGCCUCACGUCGCGCAUGGCGCGGGUCAAGGUAUUUCUAGAAAGGGCCCAUAUAUCCGAUGUUGGAGUUUUUCGUGGUCGUGUGCGAGCAGGGCUUGUGAGUAUAUUUCCUGAGCUAGAGCAACGCGGUUUUUUGCGUGUUUCAGAUGGCUUUGACAUGAAGAUUGGUGGGGGUGCGGCGGUUCACACCUCAACAGACUUGAAACAGGGGCUGGAGAAGUGUGAAAGAGUGGGUACCGCGAUUUUCAUUGAGGUCAUCCCUCACAACACACCCCCGCCGAAACCCCCGCUGUCACCAAGGGUACGCGCAGUCGCGGAAAAAGCACGCCAAGCGAUGAGCAACCACGGCACUAUGCUUCACAUGAUUAGCUUUUACAAGUUUACGACAAUUGAAAAUCCCCAUGUAACCAGCGAGAUACUGCAGAAAUGGUGGUCCAAAAUGGGUGUGAAAGGGCGAGUGUACGUCGCAAGGGAAGGGGUCAACGCUCAGCUUGCCGUCCCAGAGCCUGUGCUAAAAGAUUUUCAGGACGCCAUGAAUGGAUCUUGGAUUGAGCGUGGUGCACCUCUGAUUCCAUCUGAGAUCGUCGGCGUCUUUUUAAACACGGAUGGCAUCGUCCAUCAGAUAGAACAACCAUUCGAAAAGCUACAUGUACGUCCCAGAGAAAAGGUCCUGGCUGAUGGCUUCGAUGAACCAUUGGACUGGGCUAAGUCUGGAAGAGAGGUGCCACCAGAAGAGUGGCACCGGACUUUGGCGGAGAAGCCACACGACGUCGUCCUUUUGGAUUGCAGAAAUAAUUAUGAGAGUGACAUCGGAAGAUUCGAAGGGGCCGAAACAUUGGACACAAGCACUUUCAAAGAGACAUGGGAUAAGCUAGAGAAGCGACUGCAGCAUGAAGACCGCAACAAGAAGAUCCUGACCUAUUGCACCGGCGGUAUUCGAUGCGUUAAAGUAAACGCGUUUCUUGAACAGAAAAUGGGUUUCAACAAUACUGGCCGCUUGCAGGGAGGAGUUGUUUCCUACGCGCGAAGGUUGAAGGAAAACGGACGAAUACAUGAGUCUAUAUUUAAAGGAGUCAAUCACGUUUUUGAUGGAAGGAUGGGUGAAACAAUCACGGAAGAUUUGCUGACUCAGUGCGCAAAUUGCGGAGAGCCAUGUAACAUUCAAACAGAUUGUGCGAAUUUGGCUUGCCCAAGGGCUUUUGACGAUAGGAUGUUCGUCCAGUGUGCGGAUUGUGCCACGGAGAUGCGAGGAGCAUGCUCAGAGAAUUGUCGAGAAUCGCUUGUCAGAAACGCAGGUCUCCUUGAAGCUCCCUCGUCAAAGGAAACGUGUACUAGAAGUCAGUCCAUCAAUGAUUUGUACGCAGACGCAUUUUCUACUGACGAGAGUCCUCUUCUCCGAAGCAUCCGAGAAGCAACCAUAGAAAAGUUCCCGAGCAGGGCACGAAUGCUGAGCAGCCAUACUCAAGCCUGUUUCUUAAGAAUGCUGAUUCAGAUAACGAAUGCGACACGCGUCAUAGAAAUUGGAACUUUCACGGGAUAUGCCACUCUGGCUAUGGCUUCCGCGCUCCCAACUUCGGGAGUACUAGUCACAUGCGAGUACGAUGAUGAAGUAAGCGAUGUAGCUGAGCGUUUUUUUGAGGCCUCUCAGCAUGACUCGAAAAUUAUUUUGCUUCGCGGCACAGCCAUUGAUACGCUGGAGAAUUUAGAACAAUUGCCAUUCGAUAUUGCGUUUAUUGACGCUGACAAGGGGGGUUAUCAAGCGUACAAAGACCUUUUAUUGGACAGAAAUCUUCUUCGGGUAGGUGGUUUACUCCUGUGUGACAACAUACUGUUUCGGGGGGAGGUUUCAAGCAUGUGGUUCAACGGUGACGAAGACGACUCAUCCAUACACAAAGAGAUGGCUAGAAAACGGGUGAGGAAUCUGAAGAACGUUCGUAGAACAGCUAAGAAACUACACGGUUUCAAUAAGAGUGUCAAAGAUGAUGACCGCCUCGAUCAGGUCGUGCUACCUUUUGGAGAUGGAUUGACAGUGGCGCGAAGAGUGCGCUGA